AUCGAAGAGGAAGAGGAAGAGGAGGAGGGCGUCGGCAUCGAGGAUAUGUCGGAUCUGUCGGCGUCGGGCAUGUUCGUGCCGUCACAGACUGUGGGCACGGUGCUGUGCUGCAUCUGCGGGGUGGCGAUGCCGCCCAACCCGGCUAACAUGUGCGUGGGCUGCCUGCGCUCCAGGGUGGACAUCACCGAGGGUCUCACCCGCCACGCCGCCGUGGUCCACUGCCCCGAGUGCCGCUCCUACCUACAGCCGCCGCGCACCUGGCUCCGCGGCCUGGAACCGGAGUCCAAGGAGCUGCUCGCCUUCUGCCUCCGCCGCCUCCGCCUCCCCCUUCGACGCGUCCGCCUCGUCCACGCCGAGUUCAUCUGGACCGAGCCCCACUCCAAGCGCCUCCGCCUCCGCCUCCGCGUCCAGGCCGAGGCCCUCCAUGGCGCCAUCCUCGAGCAGUCCCACCUCGUCGAACUCACCGUCCACGACCGUCUCUGCGACGCCUGCUCCAGGUCUCAGGCCAACCCUGACCAAUGGUCCGCCGCCGUCCAGCUCCGCCAGCACGUCUCUCACCGCCGCACCUUCUUCUACCUCGAGCAGCUCAUCCUCCGCCAUAGCGCCGCCACCCGCGCCCUACGCAUCGGGGAGACCGACCACGGCCUCGACUUCUUCUUUGGCUCCCGAAGCCACGCCCUCAAGUUCGUGGACUUCAUUACCGGCGUGACCCCCGUUCGAUCCCGCUCCGACAAGCAACUCGUCUCCCACGACCCCAAGAGCAACCUCUACAACUACAAGCAUACCUUCUCCGUCGAGAUCUGUCCCGUGUGCCGCGAGGACCUCAUCUGCCUCCCGCCCAAGCUUGCGAACGCCCUCGGCAAUCUUGGCCCUCUAGUCCUCUGCACCAAGGUCACCAAUUCCAUUGCCCUGCUCGACCCGUUCACCCUUCGGAGCGCCUUCCUCGACGCUAACCAGUACUGGAGGGCUCCCUUCAAGGCACUGCUCACCGGCCGACAGCUCGUGGAAUACAUCGUUCUCGAUGUCGAGGUGGAGUCCGCUGAGGUUUCCGUCGGUGGCUUCCGGUACAUGCUGGCCCAUGCACAGGUUGCGCGUGUGGCGGAUUUUGGGAAGAACGAUACAAUGUUUACCAUAAAAACCCACCUCGGUCAUCUCUUGAAUCCGGGGGAUUAUGCCCUCGGCUACGAUCUGUAUGCAGCGAACAGUAACGACUUUGAGAUCGAGCAGCAUAAAGGUCUUAUUCUGCCCGAGGCUCUUCUGGUGAGGAAGAGCUACCAGGAGAAACGGACAAAGAAUCGUGGAAAGGCAAGGUCUUGGAAGCUGAAGAGCCUGAACAUGGAUGUGGAUACUACCUCCAAGGGCAGAGCCGAUGAGGAGAAGAGGAAUACUGAGUACGAGGAAUUCUUGAGGGACUUGGAGGAGAAUCCUGAAAUGAGGUUCAAUAUAUCUUUGUAUCGUAACAAAGAAUAUCAGCCAUCAGAGAUGGCAUCUGCGGCUGAUGGGGAGGAUGUUCCUUCGAUCCCAUUGGAAGAGUUGCUUGCUGAUCUUGAUCUCAGUGAAGACGAGGAGAGUGAAGAAGCCGGCAACAUGAAAGAAUGAACCGCAUGGUAAUACAUGUGUCGUGAUUGAUACUUUAUCCAUCAGAUAAAUCCAGAAGAGUUGGUUUUUGUUGGGCAUCCUAAACCUGCAUAGUCGAGAUGGCUAUAACCGAUGACCAUAAAGUAUUUGAUUCAGUGAAUCUUGAGAGAGUUUGAAAUUAAUAUUUAUCCAAGUUUUUUGUUUAGCCAGUGGAUUCCUGUAUACACACUGGAUCAAACAGCCGGUUAUUCCCUGUCUAUUGAAUUAUCCAAAUACUAUUAGCAGGAAUACCAGUUCUUCUUAUUUAGCUGUAUUUCUAACAUGCAAACAGACUAGCAAGAAUUUGAAUAUUUCAAUAUUCUUUAUGACUUAAAA